AUGUUACUACAGCAGCAGUUGAGUUCAAGGGAAGGCGCUAUAGAAAAUAACACUAUGUUAUUCACUUCAAAAGAGUUAGAGAAAGCAACAGAAGGCUUCAGUUUGGAGAGGGUGCUUGGGCGAGGUGGCCAAGGGACUGUGUUUAAGGGAAUGUUAACUGACGGUAGGAUCGUAGCAGUUAAGAAAUCCACGGUCUUGGACGAAGACAGAGUUGGGGAGUUUAUAAAUGAACUGAUCAUCCUGUCUCAGUUAAACCACCGGAACGUAGUACGAGUUCUUGGUUGCUGUCUAGAGACAAAGGUGCCAUUGUUAGUAUACGAGUUCAUAUCCAACGGUAAUCUCUUUCAACGUCUUCAUCAUCAACAAGAAAGUGAUGAUGGGCUGAUAAAAUGGGAAAUGAGAGUUGGAAUUGCUAAAGAUAUAGCCAGAGGCCUCUCGUACCUUCACUCUCUGGCUUCACCUCCUGUUUUCCACAAAGACAUCAAGUCUGCGAACAUCAUGAUUGACGAGGAAUUCCGAGCAAAGUUGGCAGACUUUGGUACGUCUAGAGUGAACAUAGCUGGUGGUGAACACAGCCACAUGACGACGACGGUGGUUUCGGGUACUCCUGGAUACAUCGACCCCCAAUACCAACAGUCCGGCAGAUUCUGUGAAAAGAGUGACGCGUAUAGCUACGGCGUCGUUCUGGCUGAGUUGAUAACUGGUCGACCAUCUAUCCAAGGAGACACUACUUUAGCAUCUUUCUUCCUCGAAGCAAUGAAAGAGAAUAGACUUUUCGACAUUUUGGAUCCGCGAAUCCGAAACGAUUGUGACCUCGAACAAGUCAUGGUGUUGGCCAACAUUGCGACUUCGUGUCUGAAUCUCGAGGGGGAGAAACGCCCCACAAUGAUUGUCAUUUCCCUGGAGCUGGAACAGACUUUUCCUUCCCAUCCGGAUACCAAAACCACGGGGAAUGACAAGGAAGAAGCUAGCACAAGCAGAGCACCGUUGAGCAUUGAUGUCGCGAUAUGA